AUGUGGGCGGCCCGGGGCGGGCACUGCGACGUCAUGAAGUUGCUGCUGGAGCAGGGCUUCGACCUCAGCCGCAGAGACGAGGACUCCAACACCGUGGCGGACCACGCCAGGGAGUAUCUGGAGGUCAGGUCGGCGCUGCGCCAGGUCGCCGACGCCAGCGGCGCGCUCCUUGGCGCCGCGCAGCGCGGCGACGUUCGUGCGGCGCGGCAGGCGCUGCAGGAGGGGGCGUACGUCAACGUCCAGGACGAGCUGGGCUGGACGCCGCUGACGUGGUCUGCCAUGCACCAUUCGUUGGGCCUCGUGCAGCUGCUCGCUCAGCACCUCGCGGACCCCUCCGCCGUGGAGGCCAGCGCCGAGGUCAUCCAGGACGCCGGCCUGGGGAAGCAGGACGGCCUGCGCGUCAGGCUGGCCGUGGGCGUGGCGCGCGCGCUGCUGGACGCGGCGCCCGUCCAGUGCCGUUCCUGCGGCGCUGUGCGGGGCAGGGCCCUCGGGGCCCGGGCCGAGGGCCAGGCGGCGCGCCCGCCCAGCGCGCGCCCCGCGCCGCCGGCGGCGAGCACCGCGCCCGGGGCCCGCGCCCGUGCUGGGGCGCUGGCCGCGCGCGUCGCUGGCGGGCCGCGCCCGAUGCCCGGCGUGGCCCGGUUGCUGCGGGGCGCGGCGCUGGGCGUCGCGGCCGCGCAGCCGCUGGCGUGGCCGCCCGCCCCUCAGGGCCCGCUGGUGGUCGGCGGCGUGGAGUUCUCCCGCGAGGAUGACCUGGAGAACGUCGAGAAGCUGUCCAACCUCUUCGGCAGUGUCUUUUACACCAAGGUGCUGAGCCCAGGGGACUCCUCCGUGGACGAGGCGUGGCAGGGCCUCUCGUCGGACAUCUGGGCGCUGGCGGAGCACGCCGCGCAGGCGCCGUCUCUGGCCCUUGCGGUGUCGAUGACCCUGUACAGCUACUUCUGGUGGGAGGGCCCCCACAGCGGCCAGCUAGACCUGCGCAGCGGGCGCCUCGCUGCCGAGCUGAUGUACGCCUCCCUGGGCCACAGCGGCUGCAGGGAUCGCGGGCUCUCCCUGCUGGAGUUCUUCGUCAGGCAGUGCCACAUGCGCUGGCGCUACCUGAUGAUGCUCCUCGGGGAGGUCGGCCGCCACCUGGUGCUGCAGCGGCGCGACCUGGCGGCCGGCGCGGAGGUGCUUGGCCAGGCGCGCGCCUGCUUCAGGGAGAUGGCGGGGCUGCCGCAGUUCGGCUCGGGCCCCGCGCCGAUGCAACUGCCUCACCAGGCCAACUUCAACGAGGACUACUUCCCCGCCGCGGUGGCCCGCCAGGGGCCAGUGUGGAGGAGCGGAGCGCAGGACGUGCCCAUGGCUGCCUUCCUGGAGGAGAACUUCCCCACGAUCCGCGCCGAGCUGGACUCCAUCCUGGCCGUGGAGGGGGCGUUCGACGGCCUCGACGCGCAGACGCGCAACGCCGAGACGCAGUUCGGGCCCCGCGGCGACGACUGGCUGACCGCGUACAUGGUGCGCAACACGGAGUUCUUCGAGCCCGUGUGUGCCCUCGCGCCCAGGACGUGCGCGCUGCUCCGCAGCAGGCCAGAGGUCGCCGGGUGCCGCAUGGGGGGCUCCGGCGCGGGCUUCCUGCGGAUGCGCCCGGGGGGCCGCCUGAAGCCCCACUUCGGCAACGCGCCGAGGCUGAGCGUGCACUUGGGCCUCAUUGUGCCGGAGGGGGAGAUUUUCAUGUCGGUGGGCAACGAGGUGGUGAGGUGGGAGGAGGGGCGGGCGCUUGUCUUCGACGACACGUUCAUACACAGCGUGACUCACAACGAGGCCAAGCCGCGGUACGUCCUCAACGUGUGGAUGUGCCACCCCUGCGACGCGGAGAACGGGAGGAUCAGGGCCAGGGCAAAAUGCAAGAUCAGGCAGCGAAGGCACCAGCGACCCCCCAUCGACCCAGGCCGCUUUUUUCCUCCUGCUCCUGCUCCUGCCGCUCCUGCUGCUGCUGCUGCUGCUGCUGCUGCUCCACAUCCCCUGACAUCCGCCGACCCGAUCUGUCCCGACCGCCCCCCCCGUGGGUGCGCCCUGGACCUCCCCUCCCCAGGCCCACUUCCGACGGCCCCCCGAGGCCCGAGGAUUCGCCCCAGGAGGCCGCGAGGCCGAGGCACACCUCCGCCAGCGGCCCAAAAAACCGCCUCGCGUCGGCGAGCUGGGCCCCUCUUUACGGCGGCGCGGCCGGGCGGGAGGCGAGGAAGGGGCGCGGGCCCUCUCGGGAGGCCCGGAAGCUCCCCGGCCUUCCGAGAAGCUGUCGAGGCCCUCACCGCAGACGCGGGGAGCUGCUCAGAGGGCCGGCGGGCGUCCGCGAAGCCCCGCCGCCUUCUGAGAGCGCCUUCUCCUUCUCGUCGGCGUCACGCCGACGUACUGACACUCUGUGUGCGUCGCCGCCCUCAGGGGCGACCCGCGCACCGAGACGUCUUGUAG